AUGGCUAGAGAAAUUCGUGGAGAAUCAACAACAAACGGCAUAGAAAUAUCUGCAGAUGUGCUUUUGAACCACUUCUGUGGCACAUCGAAUUUAGCCUCAACACAAUUUGCGAUGCCUUUACUUACUUUUGAAACCAUUUAUCAACAAAAGCUAGAUAAUCAAAUAGAACUGGAAGAAGUUAUCUUAACGAUAGAAACAUCAAAGGAUAACAAAGCACCCGGUAUUGAUGAUUAUGAGAAUUUUAAGAAGACAGUUUCUGCAACUCGUAGGACAAAGAACUAUGUCUCUACGCGGCUUGAAACGCUUGGUAACAAUUGGCAAACCAUUGUUCAACAGCACCAAAUCGCGGUUUGCAGCGAUGAAAACAUAGCACCAAUCGAAGAGCUUUUUAAUGAAGCUGGUGAGAUUUAUACAAUUUAUAAAUCUGUGUUGCUAGAUGAGCUAGACAAAUUUGCAGCAGCAGAAGCAGCAGCUAAAGCAAAAGAUUCACCUGCUCCUACUUUGGUUCAAAAGUCGACCAAUGACAAGCCGCACGAUGUACGUUUGCCAAAAAUUCACCCACCGACAUUCACGGGAGAAUAUCAAAAUUGGCGUUCUUUCCAUGACCAGUUUGUUUCACUGGUACAUAACAACACUUCACUUACAAAAAUCGAAAAAUUACAUUAUUUGAAGUCAAGUUGUAAAGAAGGUGCUGGUAUUUUACUAGAACACAUAAGUGUAGAUGAUGCAAGCUAUGAUAAGGCUUGGGAACUCUUGACAACGAGAUACGAUUUCAAAAGAAUUCUCGUUAACAACGAACUUAAGUUGUUUUAUGAAUUAAGUGUUGUUAAAGAAGAAAAUGCUAAGGGCAUAAGAGAAUUAUUAGAUAAUUCAACAAAAAUUUUACAUGCUUUAAAGAACCUGCAAUUGCCUGUCCAUCACUGGGAUGCAAUAAUAAUAUUUUUGCUUUUGAAAAAGCUACCGGCUACGGUGCAAUCAAAAUGGGAAACAACUCUCGGAACUAAAAAAGAGAUCCCUACAUUUAAAGAGUUCUCUGACUUUUUGGAAACGAGGUUCCGAACUUUAGAGAUGAUGGACCAGCAAUAUCAAACAAAUACAACAUCAACACAGAAAAAGCAAACAAAAAAUGUUUUUCAUCUCAAUACUGAGGCAACAGAAAAUUUUACGUGUAAGGUAUGUCAUAAAGGUGUACAUUCCUUACGAACAUGUUCGAAAUUUUUAAAAAUGGACGUAAGUGCUAGACAACGAGUUGUUAGACAAUUUGGCAAUUGUUUCAAUUGUUUAGCUUACAGUCACCGAACAAAUUUGUGCCCAAGUAAUAAGUCGUGUCAUUUUUGCCAUAAAAAACACAACUCACUCCUACAUUUUAGCAACAAUUUUAACAACACAAAUCAGCAACAAUACUCGCAGUCAAACAAUUUUCCAAAUGCAUUCAAUCAACAAUCAAGCUCUCAAGGUAAUCAUAACCAAUUUCAACACAACACAAAUAAUAAUAACACAUUUUCAAAUAAUCCUCGCGCUCAAUUACAAACAAACUCAUAUACACCCACUCAACAGAAUAAUAAUAGAAACACAUUCGCUCACACAAAUAUAAACACCCAGAAUCCAAAUAGCUCGCAAACACAUCAUGUAACAACAGAAUUUAAUCCAAAUGUACAAAAUGUACACUCCUACGAUAUACCGCCUUCAACAUCUUCAAACUGUUUUCAUCUAAACGAAUCUAAAAUAUCCCAAAUUUUGUUAGCAACAGCGAUUAUAAAAGUCAAAUCAGCCCAAGGAGACUUUGUUCAAUUAAGAGCCUUGAUCGAUCCUGGAUCUCAAGCUACUUUUAUAACCGAAUCGGCAGCUCAAUUAUUGGGUCUUAAAAAGAUUCCAACUUCCUUUGACGUUUCUGUUUUAGGACAAAACAAAGGUAGCUCUUGUAAACAUUUUGUUAAUUUGAAUCUGAGUUCUAAUUAUUCAGAUUUUGUUACGUCGACAAGAGGUUAUAUAUACAAGACCCUUACAGGACUUUUACCGAAUGAAGAAGUCUUCGCUAACAGAUGGAAGCAUUUACAAGGACUGAAAUUAGCAGAUCCUUCAUUUAAUCGUCCUGGUAACAUUGACAUUUUAUUAGGGAAUGACAUAUAUUGCGAAAUUUUAUUAGACGAAGUCAUACGCAAUGAGGAACAGGUAGCUCCAAUAGCCCAAAAAACCAGGUUUGGUUGGAUUGUUUUGGGGAAAGUUCCUUUGGAAAAGCCAUUUUCUCUUCAAGUCUACACACAGUUGGUAGAUAUCGACACACAAAUGCGUGCAUUUUGGGAAAUGGAAGAAACUCCCUAUGAAAAAGCCGUAGAUGAAGAAGAUGUCGAGUGCGAGAAGCACUUUCUACAAAACACCAAGCGGGUGCCGGGAGGGCGCUUUGAAGUUUCACUACCCUUCAAAGAACUUCAUCGACCAAGACUUAUGUCAACAAAACAAAAGGCCUUAAUGAUGUUUUAUAAACAAGAACAAAAAUUAUUAAACAACCCAACACUACACAAAGAAUAUAACGAUUGCUUAAAAGAAUACCUCACACUCAAUCAAAUGGAAGAAGUAGAUAUUAACAUAGAUAACAAACUUAACUCUCCAUUUCACUAUGUGGUUCCUCAUCAUGCCGUGAUGAAAGAAACUAGUACAACGACGAAGUUACGUGUUGUUUUUAAUGCUGCAUAUCAAACGGCAGAUGGUAGUUCUUUAAACGACCAUUUGAUGACUGGACCUAAAACUCAAACAGAUAUUUUAGCCAUUGUUUUAAGGUGGAGAACGCACAAAAUUACUUUCGUAUCAGACAUAGAGAAGAUGUACCGACAGAUAUUAGUUCAUCCAGAGGACGCGUAUUACCAGUUACUUUUUUGGCGUGAAAAUCCAUCAAUGCCAAUAAAGCUUUACAAAGUAAAAGUUUUAAUGUUCGGUACUGCCCCAGCCCCAUAUUUAGCAAAUCGAACGCUAAAGAAACUUGCUUCAGAUGAAGAAGUAACAUAUCCAUUAGCCGCUCAAAUGAUUCGGAAAGAUAUGUACAUCGAUGAUUUGGUAUCGGGUGCAGAUUCAGUAGAAGUUGCGAAAGAAAAGUAUCACCAAAUCUCGAAGCUUUUAUCAUCUGCUGGAUUUCAUCUUCGCAAAUGGAUGAGUAAUAACGAAGAGUUUCUUGCUUCAAUACCAAAGGCAGAUCAGGAAACAAAUGUGUCAUUGACAUUCGGAGCUUUGGAUCAUACCAAAACCCUUGGAAUCAGUUGGUUCCCAUCUACCGAUUCAUUUUCAUUUAAAAAAAUCUCUAUAGAUAAAGUCGUUUCAAAAAGAACGAUACUUUCAACAAUUGCUCGUCUUUUUGAUCCACUUGGAUGGAUAGCACCCUGUAUCGUCAAAGCGAAAAUCAUUAUGCAGCAAUUGUGGUUGAAAGGCCUUUCGUGGGACGAAAACAUUCCUGUGGAACUACUUCAAGAAUGGCUCUCCUUUCAAGAAGAGUUGGAUAUCUUAGAAGAUAUCCGUAUUCCGAGAUGGGUAAACAUAGAGAAUGGCACCCAACAGGUCGAACUCCAUGGAUUCUGUGACGCAUCUACCAAGGCAUAUGGAGCCGUGGUAUAUCUUCGAGUUUUAGAUAACAAGAAUUGCAUUCACACCCAUUUACUCAUAGCCAAAACUAAAGUCGCUCCAGUCAGUACAGUCUCUUUGCCAAGAUUGGAACUUUGCGGAGCAGUGAUGUUGGCAAAAUUACUCAACUAUACUAAAUCAGUCCUUCCGUUCAAGAAUAUAUCAGUCUUUGCGUGGACUGAUUCCACAAUCACCCUUUGUUGGAUCUCUGGAUUGCCUUCAAAAUGGAAAACAUUUAUUGCCAAUCGAGUUACCGAAAUUCAAAGGCUGACAAAUGUUAGCAUGUGGAAACACAUUCCAACUAAGUUGAACCCAGCGGAUCUUGCAUCCCGUGGUGUUCUUCCAUCCAAGCUAAGAAAUAAUAAUCUUUGGUGGAAAGGACCACCCUUUCUUCAGGAGAUGUGGAAAUUCUCCAUACCAGAACAACCCACCCAAUGUGAAAUAAAUGAAGAAAAACGAGAAAUAAAAACUCAUUUAGCAAUACAAAAUACCGAUGGAAUUUUAGAUGUGCUUUGUAAACAAUCCAAACUAACAAAAGCCUUAAGAAUUAUAGCCAAUGUUCAUAGAUUUAUCUAUAAUAGUAGAAAAAAAGAAACACAUCGAAGAAAAUCGGUUCUGACACCCUUAGAACUCGAUAUUUCCAUGCGAACAGCUAUCAGAAGUGUUCAAAAACUUAUGUUUCAUGAUGUCAUAAAUGAACUACAGAAAACCAAAAGAACCAAACUUAACAAAUCUCUGAAUCUUUUUAUUGAUGGAUGUGGAAUAUUAAGAAUCGGAGGUAGACUUCAAAAUGCCACCCUAACAUAUGAUCAAAAGCAUCCAAUUGUGUUGAAGCCAGAUCAUAAUUUCUCCAGAUUAAUAAUUGAAGAUGCCCAUGAGAAAACUCUACAUGGUGGUAUUCACCAAGUGAUUGCACACAUUCGAAAUCGUUUUUGGAUCUUCAACAUGAAGAGAACGGUCAAAAAGUACAUUAAUAAAUGUUUCACCUGUUUUAAGAAUGCACCUAAGCCAUUGCAACAACUGAUGGGAAGCCUUCCAGCACCAAGAGUAAAUGUUUCAAGACCAUUUACACACACUGGUGUCGACUACGCCGGACCUAUAGAAGUAAAGGCCUGGAAAGGACGAGGUGCUAAAAAAUUCAAAGGCUAUUUCGCCAUUUUUAUUUGUCUUUCAACAAAGGCAAUUCAUCUUGAAGCUGUCACAGAUCUAACGACACAAGCCUUUAUUGCCGCGUUCCGAAGAUUUACAUCUCGCAGAGGCAUAUGUGCAAACAUAUAUAGUGACUGUGGGACCAACUUUAAAGGUGCUAAUGUGGAACUCCAAAAAAUGCUAAAUGCUGCUAAACUUAACUAUACUGAUAUUGCUAACUCAUUGAGUGCAUUGGGUACCAAUUGGAAUUUCAUUCCUCCCGCUUCUCCUCACUUUGGAGGCUUAUGGGAAGCAGGAGUGAAAUCUGUUAAAUACCAUUUGCGUCGCGUUGCCCGAAACCAAGCUCUGACGUUCGAGGAGCUCAGUACGCUUCUAGCGCAAAUAGAAGCUUGCCUUAACUCGAGACCUCUAUGUCCGGUUACAGACAGCUUGGAAGAUUUCAAUGCUUUAACACCAGCUCAUUUUUUAAUUGGCACAUCAGCUCAUAUAGUUCCCGAAGCAGACCUAGCAGUAGAAAGGAUUGGAUACCUGGAUAGAUGGAAACGUCUACAAGCCUCACUACAGACCUUCUGGAAGGAAUGGAGCGGAGAAUACCUCACAAGGCUUCAAAAUAGACCUAAGUGGCUUAAAAUCAAGGACCAACCCAAAAUCGGAGAUUUAGUUUUGGUACGAGAUGAAAGAUUUCCACCUUCGAAAUGGCCCAUGGCGAGAAUAGUGGAAACCUACCCAGGACAAGAUGAUCUUAUCCGUGUAGUCAAAGUGCGAACACAAAAUAAUGAAUUUAAGAGGCCUAUCACAAAGAUAUGUCCACUUCCAUCAAACAAAACGCAUCAAGAAAACGAAACAAUUUAA